AUGACACCAUUUAUUACAAAAACUGACAACUCUGAUUUAGCCAAUGCCGGCUUUUAUUAUCGCAGAAAAGAAGACCACUGCGCUUGUUAUUUCUGCCGGGGUAUCGUAGGCAAAUGGGAAGAGAAUGUUUUUCCCAUUGAAGAACAUAGCAGACAUUAUUCUCAUUGUCCCUUCGUUAGAAAUAAACCAACGGGAAACAUCAGCCUGUCCAAUUUGGAAUGCGAUACCAGCGCCGCUUUCGACAGUGAAGCUUUUCAUAGGGAGAAACAGCCCCAGUGCAUAUUUUCAUGCACUUUAAAUCGGUCCAAGACAUUAUAUAACAUUCACAAAUUCAGAUUUGAAAAGGAACAGCUAGAUACGUUCGUAGACUGGCCCCUGCGGUCGUGGAUAUCUCCCGAAGAUUUCGCCCCUGCUGGCUUUUAUUACCUCAGAACGGAAGACUUCUGCGCUGUUUUUUUCUGCCGGGGUAUCAUAGGUAAUUGGGAUCAGGAUGUUUUUCCCAUUGAAGAAUAUAACAGACAUCAUUCUCAUUGUCCCUUCGUUAAAAAUCAACCAACGGGAAACAUUAGCCUGGGUCACAGUUGCAUUUUAGAUCAUAUAAUUCCAAUUCCAAAAACGGAGAAGGAUUAUCAUCAUGAUAAGUAA